AUGGAGGAAGAUAACGGCCCAGACUCAUCCGGCUCCGCCGACCAGACGAUCCGUGGCCCCGAGGUAGGCCACGCCUGCAAUUCGUGCCGUCGGCGCAAGCUUCGGUGCUCGAGGGAGGUACCGGCCUGCCAGCACUGUCGGAAGUCUGCGUCCGAGUGCUACUAUGAGGCGAAGCGGGCCAAGCCUGGGAUGAAGGCCGGCGCGCUGGAUAACAUUCAUCGGAGACUUGACGCACUGGAACGCUCUCUCGAGAAACAUCAGGCCGGGCUGGAGAGCUCUGCAGGCGCUGGGCUGCCUCAACAGAGCAACUCCGCCAUCCAAGCCAUCCUAUCAACACUGGCUGCCGGUUUCCAGAAACUCGAACAGUCUGGGAGCCUGGGCGCCGGCCCGUCUUCUAAAAAGCGACGGAGGAACGAGAACGAGGUUCACUGUAUAGCCCCGUCAGCCGAGAUCCCUCUUCUACCGGACGACGAGGUACUCAGCCAUGUGCUCGAAGCAUACUUUAACUACAUUCAUCCGUGGACGCCUGUCAUCCACGAGGGGAGACUCCGUAGGCGGCUAAUAGAUGAUUGUGAUCGGGAAAAGCUUCAACUCGUCAUACAGUCUAUGAUACUUGUGACUCAACCAUAUAUCGAGGACGCCGAGACAGCGUCGCACCUGGCAACAUUGAUCAACGACGCUGAGAAUACGCGGGAUUGGCUCGUCUCACAGGCCAUGAAACAGCCAUCAGUUGAGAACCUGCAGGCUCUUGUCAUCUUAGCCUCUAAUGAUAUCGGUAGCGGCCGCGCUUUUCAGGCAUGGCCCCUAGUGGGCUCGUUAUCGCGCAUGGUUGAGUACCUCCAGCUCACAGUCGAGCAUGACGAAGCUGUUCAGCACCCUUUUUGCCAGCCUUACAGAGUACUCCCGCCGCCUACCGACUGGACUGAAGCGGAAGAGCGACGGAGGAUCUUCUGGGCCAUCUUUGCCCUGGACCGCUUCUGCUCGAACCCGGUCGUGACCCCUUACUUUGGCAUCUGGGACAAAUCCGCCGGCCGGAUCGGGAACCCAAUCGCCUUCCUCCCUACUCAUCCUACCCCAGCCCCAGCACGAGCUGUGGAAGACGAAGCAGACGCGCCUUCAGAGGCCGGAACGUCUCCCGGUGCUACAUCGUCAGUAGUGGAUAUGUCCACUGUCGGGGCCUACGCUUACUGCAUUGAGGCUACCGAGUCCUUGAGCCGCGUAACCACAUAUUUUCUGCAGCAGAAAGUCAACUUGAACGACCAGAAGGAGUUUGGCGCUUGGCUCACCCGGUUCAAGGAGCUCGAUCUCCGUCUCGUUCAUUGGAAGAUGCUUCUUCCGCAGAAGUGGACAGUCAACGUCGCGCAGCAGGGCUCGACGCGGAUGGACCCUAACCUGACUCUUGCCCACGUCACACACAACGCGUCCAUGAUCCUCCUGCACCAGCCCAUUGCUUUUCCGCUACCCGAAUGGCCAUUCAAGAGCCGCUUGCCGAGCCUCUGUAGUAUGGACACAUGCCAGGCGGCGGCGGUCGAAGUGGCAUCCAUCACAAACCAUUAUCUGAAAAGCUCGCUUCCGAUGUCACCGCUAAGUAGCCAAUUCACGUUUUGUGUUUUCAUUGCGGCAAGGGCUCUUCUACUGUCCUGGAAACAUAGUCCAAGGCAAAAAAGUGUCGCCCCAGAGUUCUGGGUCCUGGUUCAGAGUCUCGAUGCAAUGGCUACUCGUUGGACCGGGGUCCAUGCAGGAGCAGGGGGACGCCCAAGCAAUCUGCCAGCCAAAUACUCAUCCACUCUGGCUGAGCUGCACAGGCGAUGCGUUCAGGACGAAUCGUUCUCGCUUGAUAUUGCGAGAUAUACUACAGAGAUAUCGCAUGCAGAUGAGAUGGUUCAACUACAGCCAGAUAUUCUGCCUCCUACAUCACAUACCAUGAGUGAUAGCCCACCCCCCUCCACACAAAGGGUCAACUCAGGUCCGCAUCCUACAAUUGCUUCACCGGCACUAGCCAAACAUAUUGCCGGAGGCUCUCGCGAACCAAGAGGUGGUCCGGACAGUAUCCUUGGGCAGCAGGCCUUCUCGACUCCCCGAGUACCCUCCAUAACGCCAAACGCCUUCUCGUUGAACGUGGACGUCCCCUCUGCUGACACUGAUAUACCCAAUAUCUUUCGUGCGGAUUUGGCAGCCGAUACAGAAGCUUCAAUGGCCAUGUCGCAGAUGCUGCUGGAUCAGCAGUUUACCGGGCUAGACCGGGUUAUAAGUUACAAUGAAGGUUUGUUUGGCUCGGAGUUUGGAGGGAAGUGGUAG